GACGUCGCCGCGACCGCGCACGCUGCUCAUGAGGAAGAACCCCUCUGUGGUUCGAAACUAGUAGAGCUUUUCUCAGUAUAUUCACGUGCGCAGCCCGCGAUUUUAGUUAAUUUAGUAUGUCUCACGAUAGUUAUCAGAAUUUAUUAUGGUUAUAUUUUGGUGUAAAGAUCACGAUUUAGUGGUUAUUAUUAUAAUUUGUGGCUUGGACUGGCUGUUAAUGCAAUUUCUGAAUACGAGGUCUUAUGAAAAAUGUUAUAAGAAUCUCAAAUUAGGAAUUUAUAACGUGCCAUAGAUCUUUGAGACUUUCCUUUGGCUUACAUGUAGCAAAGUCUAUUAGCUACCAGUCUAUCACGAAUACUCAAAGAUUUUUCCAAUCAAAAUGAUGGAGGAAUUAAAUUUUUAUUAAAUUGACUAAUUUAUGGCACAAGCUGGAGGAUAAUGUAAAUUGUGGCCCAAUAAUUAACUUUGUAAACAUUAAUGUCUGAGUGUGGAUGAGGAAAGAAUAACAUAGUUGCAUUUGAAGCUUACGUAUCUUACUAAAUUCCUUUUGUAAUUGUAAUGACCUAAACAAUAUGGGCACCACUUUUGAAGAUCUAAAACUAAUGUAGUCAUAAGGUAGAUACGAUAAUAACGAGUCACAUAAAAUCGUUACAUAGUUACUUCUCAAGAAGGAUCGCUUACUUGUCGAUACACGAUACCAACUAAUUUCAUGCAUAAUUCAUAAGUAUCGCAACGUACAAUGUUUUGUUUUGAUUGUAAUUAGUUUUAUGAGGUUUAAUUGGGCAUUGUAGACGCUGCAGUUUGGCUAUGAAUAAUUGAACCACUUCAAAUAUAAAAUGGACAGUGUGUCAUAAAUAUACACAUAAUAUUUACAUACACAACUGAAGUAAAGACUGAUAAGAAUAUUAAUUCAAUUCGUCUGUUUAAAACCACAGUAUCAUUUGCCGUGGCGGCGAGCAAACGUGACAUAUAGUUCCCAACCUCACACAAUUGUGUACACUGUGCGUUUACAUUUUACUAAUAUCGAGUUUGAAUUUGUAAUUAUGUAUUCCCAUCCCGAACGACGUCACGACGAAAAUUUAUUACGAAGCGCCGGACGUCUAUAAAACUGUCCAACGUUAUGCAAAAUGGCAUUGUUCGUCAUUCGCACACCGCAUUAAGAUGUUCAACUAAACGACAUCAAGACUUUACCGCGACAUACUCGUGAGCUUUCGUCGUGCGCGCGCAUCUAACACAUUCAGCCAAUCACACGGCAACGUCACUGCGAAAUAACAAUCAUCCUGUAUAGUUUGAAAUUUAAAGCUUUAAUUAGGAGCUUGUUUUUAUUUUUUUAGUUUUGUAGUUGAUAGAUUUUUGUGAUAUACGGCGUGUUGCUGAAGUUGAAUCAAAGUUUAGGUAAUAUGUAGUCACUGUCCGACAGUGAGCUACUACUUGUGAAGGGAAGUGCUUAUUGAGUUGUUAUCACACAUUGCGCAUUGUCCUCUCUGCGCGUGUUAAUGUUAUAAAACAGCGGGAAUAUACCAAUAACGUGCAUUUGUAUAGAAACCAUUGGCGUUAAUUAGUAUUACCUAUGUGACGAACAUGUUCGAACCAAGGGCCGGUCGUGUUGUGCUACUAUUCAUAAUAACUUUACAGUUAUUUGAGUUUUGUGCAUCUUUAAAAAGAGGUGAUACAGGUGUUUGCGAAGAAAUUGUUCCUGAAUUAUCCGAGUGUAUAAGUUCAAAUAAGAGAGUAUGUGCCCUAAAGAAGUUACGACAAAACGAGUUAAGGGCCAGGGGGAAGCGACAACAAGUACAGAAAACCGUUUGCUGCCCCAACUACGAGUAUGACAGCGACCAGGACAAGUGUCUGCCGGUGUGCUACUCCCCCUGCAUCAACGGCACCUGUGUCGGUGUCAACGAGUGCGCCUGCACGCCGCCGCUCACACUCUACAACAACACCAUUUGCAUCCCCUCCACCUGUGACAACUGCGAGCAUGGGGACUGCAUGGCGCCCAACGACUGCCACUGCCACAAAAAUUAUCUCAAUUUAAAUGGCGCUUGUGUUCCAGUUUGCGACAAUAUCUGCGUCCACGGAAAAUGUGUAGAACCAAACAAAUGUAAAUGUAACGACGGCUACAGGCCCGAUCCAAACGACCCUUACAAUUGUAUCCCGAUCUGUGACCCCGCCUGUGUAAACGGUACCUGUGUAGCACACAACAAGUGCUUCUGCAGCGUAGGAUAUGAGAAAACUAAAGACAAUUGGAUAUGUAAGCCUACGUGUGUUGGGUGCGAAUAUGGAGACUGCAUCUCGCCAAACACUUGUGUCUGCCAAAGUGGAUAUGAACACAUCGACCUGACCUGUAAGCCAAAGUGCAGCUCGUGCAGCAACGGUGACUGCGUAGCGCCUGAGGUAUGUCGGUGUCACGAGGGAUACAAGCUCGUGGAUGGACACUGUUCACCAAUAUGUUCACCACCCUGUAUAAACGGUGAAUGUGUGGGACCCAAUAAUUGCAGCUGCAAUGAUGGAUAUGAUAACAGGUUCGGUGUUUGCGAGCCUUAUUGCUCGAAAGUCUGUGUUAAUGGGCACUGCUCAGCACCCAACUUCUGCACAUGUAAUGUUGGUUAUGUGCAUGAUGUAACAGAUUACAGUUUUUGUAUCAAGCCUUGCAUUGAACCUUGCAAAAAUGGGCACUGCUCUCCGUUCUCUGGAGAGUGCCAGUGUGACUUCGACUUUGAAUACGACAACGAUACAGAGGGUUGCAUACCUAUGAAACCAGUUCCAUGUGAGGACUGCGAGGGUAAAUGCGACAAUGUGACGAAAGAGUGUCGAUGCUUGAACGUGAGACCAUGUUUCUUCAAAAGUGAUGAUAUGGAGGUACCGGCAGAGGUGGUAGCAUCCGACGAAGUUAAAAUGGCCGGUAUGAAUAUGACUCUGAUGGCGAUCGGUGGAGCUUGUCUGCUACUCCUCAUUCUGGUCGUGGUAGUGAUGCAGAGGCUUUGGUAUAAGAGGAACGACUACACGGCCAGCAAGCCGACACACGAGAAUUCUGGCUUAGGCAGUGUGGUCUACACUGUUCCUAAUACGCUGAUCAAUCAGAGAGCUAGUGGUGGACCCAUGGAUGAAGAUUCUGGUGAUGAAAAUGAAACGACGGACGGAUUAAUACGACAAAAUACUCGACUAAGUUAGACUGUAAUGAAUGUACCUGUAAUCGAAGUCUUCGGUGCUUUUAGUAUAGAUAAGUAAUUAUAAGACAUAAAACCAGUUUUUGAUAAGCCUGUCUUUGAUUUAUUUUGGGCGCUAUUAUACGGUAUUUACGUAAUCA